UGGUUGGUUUUUUGCUUAACUUAUCUUGAACUUGAACUCGGUGUAUCACAGUAGUAAAGCGAAUAAACAUAAGUCAUUUCUGAUUCGAAGUGCUUUGUGAUUUAAAACAUUUUUAAUACGAUAGUGUAACAAUAUGUAAACAACAAGAACUCUAAUAUCAUGUAUGGCUAUAAUAACAACAACCCUUUGAAAGCCCCGGCUUCAAAUCGCGGAAAAUCUCAUUAUUUUCGCGGACAACAUUCUAAUAGUUUUCGCGGAGAGCAUUCCAAUAAUUUUCGCGGACAACACUCGUAUGACUUUCGAGGACAAUAUUCUAAUAACUUUCGUGGACAACAUUCCAAUAACUUCCACGGACAAUAUUCUAACUCCAAUGAUUAUUUACAAGACUUCUCUUCUGAAGCUCACCACAAGAUUUAUGAACAAAGUGGGCAGAUGGGUGCUCCUCAGUACCAGCACAACUAUUACAGGCAAAUGAAUGUUCCUCAAUCUCAGAAUAGUCGUGAUCAAACAAGCGGUUACCCUCAACAUCCUCACCCAACUCUUGAUAGAAGUACUACUCAGAGGAAUCACAAUUAUAAUCGUUCUCAUCAAGAGAAGACUGUUCGUCAUGGGGAUGAAUAUAAGAAUUACACAUGUCCAGGCUGCUGUCAACAUUUUGAUUUCUCAGUAGGUAGAAGCAACAGAUAUUUUGGAAGGAUUCCACUUAUUUUGAACUGUCAGCAUACGGUAUGCCAAGACUGCAUUAAUAAGGAAGUAACUGAGAAUAGCAUUAUAUGUCCUCUAUGCCAUGUACCAUCAGAAAUACCUGACAAAGAAGGUACUGAUGGUCCUGGAGAAGCAUUCAUUCCAAAUUUUUACAUUCUGGGAAUGAUUGCUUGGGCGAAACCUCCAGGAACUCAGUUGCUCCUAGUAUCUCAGCCCACUACGAAAACCAAAAAAUCCAUUGCUGCAGAACAGGUAGAACCACCAGAGCCAGAAGGAGAAAAAUGCGGUUUUCUCCCCUGCCAUAAAAGGGCGGUAUUACGGUGUCGGGACUGCAACGAUGUAUUUUGUGUGGACUGUUGCACGAUGGUCCAUAAGAAUGUGAAGGCUAUGUGGUCGCACGUACAGGUGCAAAUUACUAAUGGUAACUUUUCCGCAGAGCUGGAAAAGUGCUCCGAGCACAAUACCGACGUCGAAGUAUAUUGUAACACCUGCAGCACCAGCGUUUGCUGCUAUUGCUUCAUUGAGAAGCACGAAAGCCACGAGAAGGAAUAUUUAUCGAAACUGAGCGCGGAGGAAUUAAAUAAUUUUCAUGUUUACAAGGAUAAGGCGGAACAGGUGCUCAGACAACUCCUAGUUUCGAAGAGAAAACUAAAAGACCUCUGCGAGGGGGGUACCACUACGAUCGAAAAGAACAUACACGGCUAUUUCCGCGAUCUUUUCGGUCGGCUUCAUCUGUUCCAGAAAAAAUUAAUUAAGGAGCUGUCUAGUUUCGAAAACAUAAAUAAACCCGAUAAUGGUCUCGCACAACUCAUGUCAAAUUUGGACAACUCCAUAAGGACUUGGAGAAAUAUUCUCGUGGCAGCUGAAAACAUGGACGGGAAAAAGAUUAACCUCAGGGGAAUCUUGCAAAAGUUGAAAGACAUAGACCAAACGCCUUGCUAUUUAUUGUUCGACUCCUCUAAUGGUGCAAAUUUUACAGAAUUUUGUCCUAAUCCCAUAUUGGAGAACUUGGACGAGCUUUUCACCGUAAAGCAGUCAAGUGAUUAUAAUUUGCAAUUGGUCAGCACAAACGACUUGCCGCCGGAUUAUGUAAAGGAUCCUACUGAUUUGCAGUACGAGCUUGAUAUUUACGGUUCCAAUAGUUCAUACGGUGCGCAAUCCAAAGAUGAAAGUAAUUCGUACAAUAAAAAAAUAAGCUCUCAGACCGGACCUUGCCAGACUAAAGGGAAAAACUUUGGACAGAGGAAAAAAAUUGAAAAAAAAGCUAUCAGAGAAAUUGGUAACUUUUUACAAAUUCCGUUAGAUAAUGAGCUGGUGGAAGUGACGCACAUCGAAUCCUUGGAGUGUUUUUACGUACAGCUAAAAAAACACCAGUCUCUGUUCACCCAAAUGAACAAAGACAUCGAGAAUUAUAUCAAGAUGGGAGCAAACCCGGUCACCUCGCCUCAAAUUAAUGAACUAUAUUUGGCCAUGUACGUCACGAAAACUGAACGGAUAUGGUGCAGGGGCCGAUUGACCGCUAUCAAAACCGAAAGGGCUACCCCGCUAUACGAGGUUUACUUCAUCGAUUUUGGAAGCACGCAGAUGUUGGACAUCAGCAAGUUGAGAGAGAUAACACCUCAUUUAGCGCAGAAAAAAUCGUUUGCGAUACAGUGCGAGUUGUAUAAUCCCGCCUAUACUAACUGGAACAAAAACGCCCACGUCUACAUGGGCAAAGUAAUCAACGGCAAGGAAAUAUACUUGGUUGUGAAAAACGUCAACAACGGAAUAUAUGUUGUCGACUUGAUGAUAUCGUCUUCGGACAGGGGUUUAACCUCGAUCAUCGACAUACUUAUAUAUGCUUGCUCGAAUGCACUAUCAAGCAGUAGCGACAGUUUAAGCUCCGUACGUCAAAAGAACUCGUAUGUCCCUGAAUUGAAGAUAUAUAAUAACAGCUUCAAAUUUCACAAGAAGCAAAUCGAAAACGUUGUCAUUGCAAACGUCAUUGAUCCACAUAACAUUUUCGUACACAUAUCCAGCUUUGUUAACUUACUCAAAAGUAUGACCACGGAACUUAAACGUCACUAUAAAAAUAAAAUGUCCGGUAAUUGUUUGCCCGUUGAAGGUACUUACGUUGUCGUGGAACACAAAGACCUCGUUAGGGGCAAUUGGCACAGGGCGCUGAUAAAGAAAGUUGAUAUAAUCAAUGGGAAGGCUCACGUUUUGCUGGUGGAUUGGGGAAAUACCGUUAUUGUUCCGUGGUCUAGUCUGAGGCUCCUAACCGAUCAUUUCACCAGAUUGGAGAGUCAGGCUGUUUUGGUUAAACUCGCACACUUGGAGCCGUAUCAAGGCGCAAAGGCGUGGUCUGAAAAUGCAACGUCCUUCAUACAGAAGAACUUCAGGACUCAAGACACUUUAAAAAUGAUCGUACAUCGCGUCGAUCCCCUUGAAGUUGCUCUAUUCGAAAUAGAGGGCUGCGUUAAUAUCUGCGUCAAUGCUCAGCUAGUGCAAGAAAAAUAUGCAGAUUCUACGGGCAAAAUUUCUCAAACUCUGGAGUGGCCAGACGGUGACCAGGAACAACCGGAAUUGGCGGGCGAGGAAGAAGACUUCGUAGCGGGCCUGCUAAAAAAAUUCGACGAAUCUCCACACGACGAUUCCGAAGACGAAGACGAAUCCGACGCAAGCAGGCAACCGAUUAACAUCGUUAAGGCCGUCAGUCCCGAUCUCAUUUAUAUAAAAUUCGUAUGUCGAGAGAAAGAAGAAGAAGACUUCUACAAGGAGCUGCAGAUGCACUACAAUAAAGACAGGGGAACGAAAGAAACGUGGAGCGAUAACGAAUUCUGUGUAGCGCAGCUCUCAGAUUGUUUCACCAGAGGUCAGGUUAUAAGCCGAGUGGGAGAUAAGUACAUGGUUAAUUUAUACGAUAGGGCCGAGGAAUUGGUGUUGCCCAAGGAAAAAUUAUGUGUCGCUUCCAGCUACUUCCAGAAAUUCCACAAAUUCGUUUAUAGAAGUCACCUGGCCGAUAUCAGACCGGCCGGUGGCGACAAUUGGAGUUUAUCGUCCAUCGAAGCCUUAGAGAACAUUUUCGAGAAACACAAAGAAAUAUUCGCCACCAAGCUACCCAUAGACACACAAAAACGGUCUAUUCCGAUGCUGAUGUGGUACACCCAUACGAAGACGGUGGACGCCUUAGAACCGACGAUCACUAAAUUUGUUUCCAUCAACAAACUGUUGGUGAAACUGGGCUUCGCUUAUAAGGAAACGAGUACGACUGCGGUGAGCAAUAACGAGCAAGUCGAUAGUGAGAAUGAAAAAUCCCAUGACGAGGGAUCGUUGGAUAAGACUGCUGACAAAUUAGACGAGAGUUUGGAAUCAGGAGGGUCGGAAAACGAAGUGCUAAAAGAAAAAUCUUCCACAGUCGGUCCAGACAAGGCCAAUACAAUUGGCAGUUCCACAGACUGGAACCAGCUAGUCGAGGAGGAGCAGAAUUCACCCGACUCCAAACAGGAUUCGCCGUACCAUACCAGAGAGACUGAAAUCACCGAUUGGAAACCGGCUUUCUCCAUUAAAAAGCACGAAUUUAACGCGUACGUUCUCUGCGCGGAUACCGAGGGGAUCCUAUAUUUGAGGGAGGAAAACCUCCAACCGGUUUACGAGAACAUGGAACAGAACCUGAAGCAGUACUUUGACAGCCAACCGUUGCGCGCGGAAAGCAACAACUGGCAACCCAGCCAGAUCUGCACGAUAUCCGACAACGAUUACUGGUACCGCGGCAAGAUAUUAAAAGUUAACAGUCCCACGGAAAUAAUUGCGAUUAUGAUCGAUUUCGGUAGCGAUCACAAACUCUCUCCGAAGCAGUUGCAUAGGGAGAUACUUUACCCAGAAAUUCCAUCGUUUGCCUCGAGGAUACAGCUGAACGGGAUAUAUUCGAAGACCGGCAACUGGCUCACUUCGGAUUAUGACACGUUAUUAGAGAUAAUCACGAAAUUCGCCAAGGUUGUGAUCAAAAGUCCCUUGGACGAUGAAAUUCCGUUGGCAGAAGUGUACGAUGAUAAGGGGCAGAACAUCAACGAUCUUCUAGUCAAAUUGUGCCCUAAUCUCAGCAGGCAUCCUAUACGGGUGAAGGAGGAAAAAUCCGACGAAGAACUCGCCUUGAUAGAGGAAGAAGACCCUGAAAGCCUGGAAAGUGUCGUAGAUAACCAGAUAGACACGAGGUCUAUGCAGUUCAACGUGGAACCGCUCCCGGAAAAAGGAUUCGAGGAUAAAGUUCCCAUGUAUAUCGUUGCGGUGUUGUCUUACAAUAAAGUGGUUUUGAAGAAGAUUGAAGAAAGCUACGAUGAGCUGAAUUCGAUAAACAGCGAUAUCCAGGCGUCCUGUUCCACACAACCCAACAUUGAAGACGUAGUCGUCGGCAUGCCGUGUAUUUGCCCGUAUGUGGAAGACAACCUGUGGUACAGAGCAACUGUCCACAGCAUCGACGGUAUAGAUUGUGGAUACGUGUUCGUGUUCUUCGUAGACUUUGGUAAUGUGGAUUCGGUGCCAAUAGGAAACAUUAGAAUGAUGAAACCGAAGUGGUUCGACUUACCCGUGACCUGCUACAUAGCCGAUGUUAACGCGGAGCUAAAAGCGGAAAACCACUUAGAGCACGUGCUGCAGCACAUGAAGAAGUUGUUAUCGAAAAAAGCGUUUGUACAUUUCAUUUCGAGUGACCCGCUUGUCGUUGAUUUGUUUGAGAAAAAUGGAGUACUGUGUUAUCAGUCCUUAAUCAGCAAUGGUUUGUUGAAGCUUAAAUAGGAUUCAAUUUUUUUUUCGUUGUGAAAUUUAUGUUCCUUUCGUUUGAGUUAAGAGUACCAGUUUUUUUGUAUUAUCACAGGAAUAAAUUUUUUUUUU